UGAAACAAGCCAAUGGCAGUCAGGGACCCUCUUUCUUUUCUCCUAUGUUGAUAAAAACUCCUCAGAAGACGUGGAGCUUGGAGAGUGCAAAGUGAGCAGCCCCAUCUGGCCCACAACGGCGGGUGAGUGAGGACCUUAGGGACCAUGUCAGCAGCUCAGCCUAUGGUGUCAGCCACAUAUCCCCAGAAGCUGUUAGAAGGAGUUGGAAAUCUGUGGCAGCUGGGGGUCUUGUGUGAUGUGACCCUUGAAGCUGGUGGCAUCCACUUUCCUGCCCACCGAGUAGUCCUGGCCUCAGCCAGUGGCUACUGCCGGGCCCUUUUCCUGGGUGAGGCAGGCCCAGAGACCGUUGUCCGGCUGCAGGGCAUUCAGCCCAGGGGGCUGGAGAACGUGCUCCACUUUCUCUACUCUGGGAGGCUGCACCUCUCACCAGACAACGUCAAGGAGACGGCGCAGGCAGCCGAGGUCCUGCUGGUUCGUGAUGCCAUCCGCCUUUGCUGUGCUUUCCAAGGCCCCACCAUGGCCCCACCUGGGAAGGUCACUGAAGCCCUUGAGGACGAGCAACAUGUCCAGGAGUUGCAACAGGAUGCACUGAGUGAGUUCCUGGAGAGGAUGGGGAUGCGGGGGGCUCAAGAGCCAACAGUUUGUGAGUUGGCUAUGAAUUGGUUGGGGAAAAGCCCUGUAAGAUUCCCAGAAGCCACCAAGAUGCUGGGGCAGCUCUACUUUCCACUGUUGUCACCCACAGAGCUUCAAGGCCCUGUCCAGGCCACAUCCGCUAUGGAGACUGAUUUCGCUCGACCCAAGGCCCUGAGCUACCACAUGCAUGCUGGUGCCCAGCCAGCCCUGCAGACGGAACAUGUAUGCCCACAGGCCACUGUCCCUUUUCUGCUUGUCCUGGGAGGGCGUGGACCCAACAACCAGCUCAGUGGGGAUGUGUGGGCCAUGAUGCUGGCUAACGGGACCUGGAGGAGAAUGGGGAAGCUGGCCACACCACUGUACAAUCAUGCUGUGGCUGUGCUCAGUGGUUUCCUCUAUAUCCUGGGAGGCCAGUCCAAGUUUGACCCAGCUGGCCAGCAUCCGUCCAAUGAGGUAUUUCGAUUUGAUCCCCAGCAUGGUACCUGGCUGCAGGUAGCUGGCAUGCUACAGAGGAGAAGCCGAUUCCAUGGGGCUGUCCUGGGCAAGGCUAUUGUGGCUGUAGGUGGUGGGACACUGUUGGGGAAACUCACCAGCACCGUGGAGGCUUAUGAGCCCAUUCAAGACACCUGGAAGUGGCUGGUGCCUUUCCCUGUACCUGUGGCUGACCAUGCUGGAACCACACACGAGGGCCUUCUCUAUAUAGCAGGUGGCUUCUCUUCAGGUAAGACCUUAAACCUACUGAACUGUUACCUUCCACGUCUGCAUCGCUGGAUCCCCAACCACCCACUGACUUUCUCCCGCUGUGAACACAGCCUUGCCGCUUCCAGAAAUACCCUCUUCUGUGUUGGAGGCCGGACCCUUAGCCCAGCAGGGGCAUGGGUCCAUGUUGCUGAGACUGAGUGCUACAGCCCAAGCACAGACCAGUGGACAGUUCUGCGUCUCAUCUCCCUAGCCCGAUGCCAGUUAAGCAUGGUUGGGCACAAGGACCAGCUCUAUGUCACAGGCGGGGGCUCUCUGGGCACCAGGACCAAGGAGGCUACAGUCCUGGUGUCCAAGCCAGCGGGUUGGGCCUGGCAGGAGGUUGGCUUCCUGCCACAGCCACUGCUGGAUCACGCUUCUUGCAUCUUUGCCCUACCCCUCUGUGGCGUUCCAGUCCCUCAGGAGAGAGAAACCCACCCUGGUUACCAAUGAAGAGCAGAGGAGGCUAGCAGGAAAGUUACAGCAGGUGGGGGAGAAAGGCUGCCCACCUUAAUCUGGCCUCCUUUCUCUGAGCAUCAGUGUGCCUGUCUGGGCUCCAGUGAACUAUACUGAAUAAAGAUGAAUACAACUCAA